AUGGCAUCAGAGCCCGGAGUCGUCACUGAUGAGCAGCCUGAGGAAGCGUCCAAGCCUAGCGCUCUCGCCACCAAGCGCAAUGCCUUUUCAGAACUCAUGUCUCCCAAAUCCAAGCAUGCAAAGUCACAGGAUUUCAAGCACACAGGCAAGCUCAGCAACCCAGGCGAUCCACGCAACGGCCUCCUCGCGUACAUUUUGGAGCCAGCCAAGUUCCCCUCAGAUAUUGUCAUUCUACAUAAUGACAAAACAGUCCUGGUUCGGGAUGCAUUCCCAAAAGCAACAGUCCAUCUACUUCUUCUACCACGAGACCCAGCGAAACAAACUCUCAAUCCGCGGGAUGCCUUGGACGACCAGGAAUUUCUGGACAUGGUGCGGACGGAGGCCUCUGCAGCCGUCAAGCUGGCGGCUUCCGAGUUGUCCAGGUUGAUCAGUCCUUACUCGGAAACAUGCAAAGCACGUAUUGCUGCAAUGGAAAGCGAAAACCCUCCAGACAAUCUACCGCCUGGACGAGACUUCACCAAGGAAUUCAAAGUAGGAAUUCAUGCGCAUCCUUCGAUGAAUCACCUCCAUAUCCACAUCAUCAGCCGCGACAUGCAUUCGGAUCGACUGAAGCACCGGAAGCAUUACAACAGCUUCAAUACCGACUUCUUCAUCCCACUAGAGGAUUUCCCGCUCGCACGGGAUGAUAUCAGGCGCCAAACAAGCUAUCAGAAUGCCAAUUUGACAAAGGAUUACAAGUGCUGGCGCUGCGGAAAGAUGUUUGGGAAUAAGUUCACACAGCUCAAAGCUCACCUCGAAGACGAAUUCAAAGCGUGGAGAAAGGAAUAA